AUGCCUGCUGCCAGCGCCGAGGAGGGAGGUGUGUCCACUGCGGAGCGAGGGCCGGUCAGCAAUGGGGGCAGCGACGGGGCAGAGGCGCCGGAUCGAGCCCGGGGAAGGGUGGAAGAGGGCGGGGGCGGGGCUGCCAAUGAGAAAAAGUCCCUGGUGCUGACCCGGCUGUUGCCGGAAAAACCCAUCUCCCGCAAGAGCAGCCGCGGCCUAUCCGUCUACCCGGAGACUGAUGACGCUCCGCCAGGCGGAAUUCUCAUUGGUCGUCUUUGGGGCAGUGGCCCGACCCGUCCCCCUCCGCAGAACUUCAGAGGCAAAACUCCCCCCCCCCAGCCCAACGCAGUGAACAAAGUUUCCCCCGGGAGCUGGAUGGGGGUUUUCCGUGGUGGGGCAGCCAUGGGGUCUGGCCUGAUCCUGCCCGGGACUCUGGCGCUGAUGAUGGCGCUUCUGGGUCCCUCCACGGUCCACGGAAGGGGAGGACGGAUGGAGCCUCCACCUGCCGCCCACUUCCUGGCCCAGGACAAGCACGAGUGCCGCUUCGCCGACGGGACUCGCGGGGAGGUCCGCUUCAUGUACAGGUACAUCUACGGGCGGGAGGAGAUCGCGCGCUUCGACAGCCGCCGCGGAGAGUACGAGGCCCUCACCCCGCUGGGCGAGCCCGACGCCCGAUACUGGAACAGCCAGAAGGAGCUCCUGGACUACAUGCGGGCCGGGGUGGAGCGCUUCUGCCGCUACAACUACGGGGUCGAAGAGAGCGACGGCAUCACCCUCACCAGGAAGGAUCAGCCCACAGUGAAGAUCACCCACACCAAGGCAGGGCCCCUGGCCCACCACAGCCUCCUGCUCUGCACCGCGACAGGAUAUUACCCCUCGGGGGUUCGUUUCAAGUGGCUGAAGAACGGGCAGGAGCAGACGGAAGGGGUGGGGUACGCGGAUGAGGUCCAGAAUGGAGACUGGACCUUCCUGAACCAGGCGAUGCUGGAGACGGUGCCCCAGCGGGGAGACCUCUACGCCUGCCAGGUGGAGCACAGCAGCCUGAAGGAGCCCAUCAUCGUGCAGUGGGAGCCGCGGUCGUCGAACUCUGCCCAGAGCAAAGUGUGGACGGGGGCUGUGGGGGCCGUGCUCGGGGUGGUCUUUGGGGCUGCCGGAGUCUCCUUCUACCUGAAGACCAGGCGAGCGGCCCCCACGGUACCUGCUGCAGGGCUCAUCAGUUAGUCCCAACGGCUCCAGACCUCAGAUCUGAGAAAUGAUUUUCUUUAGCAAACGAGAUCUUCGCGCCGUUCUACUGAUUCCGCCCCCCUCCCCAAAGUUAAUUCGUGUCCAGGCAGCAUUUUGACGGACUGUCGCUAAAGCUGCUCUUGAGUACUGCUGGGAUUGCUGGAAAGGUCACGAUUUGGGAAGAUGUCUGCAGGAACCAUUCCCAGUUUGCAUUUUGUCUAAUUGAGAAACUGUAAUUCACAGAGAGUUGUCUACGUGAGUCUCAGCUGAGCCCAAUGAGCCAAGGUCUGUGGAAGCCUCUUGGUUUAGAGUUUAUCGCACCCUUCCUCUGUGGGGCUCCGAGCAGAUUACAGGGUCAUUAUCUCUGUUUCCCCCCUACACAACAACCCUGUAUGGUAGGGCUGACCUGACCCAGAGGUCCCAGGCUGGCCUGAUCUCGUCAGACCUUGGAAGAUAAGCAGGGUCAGCCUUGGCUUGUGUUUGG